AUGCGCCACUCAAAAAAGGCUGAUGAGUCUUCCAUCCAAUCAUACUCGUCAAAAUCGUCUUCGAUAGCAUCGUCUCUGAAGUCCGCCAGCCAGAAGAGUGUGGAUGUGCUUACCCGUCCUUUGAAGAGAGUGAAAACUGUCUUGCUCCGAGUCUCGAAAAAGAUACGCUCAUCACUGCCACCAUCAUCUCCCGAACCAUCGGUAAUCGAUGUUGAUGCCAUUGACACGGGCCCGGCAACAAAGUCUGACGACGAAGAGGACCUAGAUGCGGAACUUCGUAAGACUUCUGCUGAUACUAUUUUGUCAGUGCCUUACCGAUUCAAUACAGAAAAACUGAAGAAGAAUUGGCGUUCACCUAUCUAUGCGUUUUUUGACACUGAUCGUGUUGCUGUUCAGAACGUGGAUGGUCGUAAUUGCCACUUCUUCCCCUGUGCAGCACAAAAAUGCAAGACAAAAAUUGGAGGUGUUCGCCGUUUCCAGGACUCGAAAGAUAAGGCUUCAACUGCUAAUCUAAAGAACCACGCCAUCGGCUGUUUCGGUGACGAGGCUGUCAAAGUCGCAUGUGUUACUAAGCAAGCGCCCGACUUACAGCCUAGCGGAUCAAUUUUCACCGCAUUUGCGCGCAAAGAUAAAGAACCCGUCAAUUACUCGCAUCACAGCCAUACCAAUCCGCAAGUUCGGUAUGUGUACCUUCUCACUGCUGGUCGCCCAUCAAUCCAACUCCCCUCACGUUUUACCUUAUCACGGGACAUCAAGGCUUCGUUUGAAAAAUGUAGUGACCGAAUUGGAAAACUACUUCGAGAGUAUCCUGGUCGCCUUCACUUUGCCACUGAUGCGCGGACUUCGCCCAAUCAUAGAGCAUUCGUGGCAUGGACAGUGCACCUGGAAUUCAAUGGCGAAAUGUUAUGUUUCCUCCUGGAUAUCGUGGAGCUGGCAGAGGUUUGUCUCGCAGUACCUUCAAUGAGAGUGUUCUAA